GUCCUCUCCAGGCUCGAACCACUCAUGGCCGCAUGCACCCUAUCAUCCUUGCUCAGCAUGAAGAAGUGGAGAUGACGACGCUCUCAGAUGGGCGAGUGCCAGGAUCGCCCAAGCUGGACGCUGCAGAAUCCUCCUCCGCAGUUGCUACCCUCCGGGACCUGCUCAAGCUCAAUACAGCCUUCUUUCUCCUCGGACUAGAGAACAAUGCCCUCUACGUCGUCAUCCUCUCGGCUGCACAGGACCUCUUGCCAACAGAUGUGCCAACCGGUCUGAUCCUGUUUGCCAACAUUGCGCCCGCGCUGCUCAUCAAAGUCGGAUGGCCCUACCUUGUCCCGGGCAGAGUGCGAUACUCUCGUCGCGUCGCUUCAUGUUCGCUCAUCAGCUUCAUUGGCAUCAUCGUUGUCGCACUCUUUGACUCGCUGGACAUGCGUCUGCUCGGCAUUGCGCUCGCUAGCUUGUCAAGCGGCUUGGGCGAGAUGACCUAUCUCCAGCUCUCGACUGCGUACGGGCGCGACGAGCUAGGCUCACAAGCCGUCGGCUGGUUUGCGUCUGGCACCGGGGCAGCAGGGCUCGUUGGCGCACUACUCUGGUGGCUUCUGCGCGGCCUCGGCAUAAAGCUCGGUUUGAGCAUUACUUCCCUCAUACCUCUCGGCAUGGCGCUAACAUUCUUCGUACUCUUGCCACAGCCGCACCUUUUUGCGAGCCACACAUCAUCGCAGACAACAGCAUACACGAGCAUACCGACAGCAGAUGAAGAUCUGCAGACCCUACAAGCAGAGAGCAUGCCCGUCUACUCGACAUUAGCAGGCAAACGAGUUGUCCUGUCACUGUCGCAGAAGCUCGCUCUCGCUCGACCGCUCGUGCUGCCUUACAUGAUCCCGCUCUUUGUGGUCUAUCUCGCCGAGUACACAAUCAAUCAAGGCGUUGCACCAACGCUGCUCUAUCCUGUUCCAACGGCACAACAGAGCUGGAUCUGGUCACACAUCAUCCACCAUCUGUCAGACUACUACCCGCUCUGGCAACUCGUUUACCAGACUUUCGUCUUCUUCUCUCGUUCGUCCAUCAGCAUCUUCCGCAUCCCGCCACUGCCGAAAAGGUUGAUACCUCUGCCUUCUCUCGCGCAAGUUGCUCUGUUGGGUAUUGCCUUGCUCGAAUCGACGCGAGGCAUCCUCACCAGUACAUUUGGUCGACAUGCUCGCACGAGCGUCGUGGCCGUUGUCGCAUUGGAAGGACUGUCUGGCGGCUUGGCAUACGUCAACGUAUUCCAUCGGCUCGGCCUGGAAGAAGCAGAGAAUUCAUCCGGAGUGGCAGUCUCGCCGGAAUCGAGGAUAGCCCAGCGAGAGUUCAGCAUAGCUUGCGUUGGAUUCGCAGACACCUCUGGCAUUCUCGCCGCUUCACUGCUCUCAGCCUGGCUGCAACCGCGGCUGUGUGCUUAUCAAGUCGAGCAUGGCCGUACCCUAUGCAGAGAGCUGUAAAGGACUCAUGCAGGCAAGUGUUGUUUGUAACAAUGAGAUAGAAAUGCAUUGAGCCAGCAUUGGGCACUGUUCGGCGAA